AUGACUGAGGAAUGGAAUAAUAACAACCUCGAGGAGGAAAUUGAAGGUGACAUACUGGACAAGGGAUCACCAAUGGUGGACGAAAAAGAACAACACGAGGCGGAAGUCGCAGAACAAGAGGAAGAACAAGUGGAAAAUGAAGUAGAAGUUGUAGAUAUAGAAGAAGAAGAAGAAGAAGAAGAAGAAGACUCGGAUGAUGAUUUUGAUGACUUUAAUGCAUAUGAUGAAAAUGACGAUGAUAACAGUUUUGGUUCAUUUGAAGAAGAGGAGAAUGAACCAGAAUAUGGAAAGGAACACUUUCAACAGGGGCCACCACCGGAUCUAGUCACAUUUGCUAGUAGUACAUUUGGUAGUCGGGAAACUUUGCAUGAGAAAUUGGAUAUGUUCUUGGAGAAAAUGUUCCCAGCUGACAAGAGUGGUGAUACCGAGGAACUGUCUAAUUCAUCAAAUUUAUUGUCCGAGAGAUCUAAUGACAUAUAUGGCCAACUUUCACUUCUACCGCAUCUUAAACCUCCAAGCUGGGUAAAGCUGAAGAUUAGACGUCAUUUGCUCAUCAAGUUGGGAGUUCCAGUGAACUUGGAUGAAAUACUUCCAACCAAUUCUGCGGUUGCUUCUUCUGAAAGUACUGAUCUCAAUGGCCAUGUAACUAGCGGAGAUUCUUCAAAACAAGUAGAAACACAUUUAAAACCAAAACAAUCUAGACAAAGAAGAGCCUCGCUGGUGACAGAGGCAGACAUCGACUGGAAUGGAUUCAUUAUUCCUGAAUUUAAAGAUCUAUCAAUCGAUACCAAGAACAAGGGAGAACUGCUUCUUUUGGAUACAACUGAAGUUCUUUCGAAGAUAGAGACUGAAAAUCUUGCACACUCUUCACAACAACACUUACUUAGCUCUGUCACUUCGAUUGAAGAGUUAAAUGAAAAAUUACAUCAAUACCAAAAUAAUUACGACCAACUCAUCCAAUUGAGUUCUAUAUGGCAAAAUCAAUUGGUUGAAUUGAAAAGGGAUUACGAAAUAUAUGAAUCCGUGGUACAGAAUUUUGUUGGACAUACUCAAAGACUUAAAAGAGAAGAAUUAUUGGCAAAUUUGGACAAAGUUAAAAUAAAGCUGCAAUCUAAAAAACGAACUUGGAAGUAA